AAAAAACAGGAAAGGAGGAAGAAAGUGAUAUCUUUGUGUGAUCGAAACAGGGUUAUCGAAUAAUGACGAAAUAAAUAAAAGUACCGGCAGUCAAAAUGGCAGACGUGGCAGAGGCAGAUAGACAACAGUUUGAAGCCAAGUUUACCGAACUGGAGCUCCAGCACCCUGUAGAGGGCGACAUCACAGUUCCUGGAGCCCUAGAUGAAGAUUUAGAACCAUCAACCCUAGAUGAACCCAUAAGGGACACUUUGAUGCGAGACCUCAGAGCCAUCGGCGUCAAAUUUGGUCAUGCUCUCUAUCCAAAGCAAAGCAAAUCCCUUCUCAGAGAUUGGGACCUAUGGGGCCCACUUGUGAUGUGCACAUUAUUGGGAAGCCUUCUCCAUGAGGCCACAUCAAACGAUGAUACAACUAGUGGAGCACACCUCCAGUUUGCAGAGGUCUUUGCUCUUAUCUCAUUUGGAGCUGUGGUGGUGGCAUUAAACUCAAAAUUGCUUAAAGGCAAUAUCUCAUUCUUUCAGAGCGUCUGUGUACUAGGGUACUGUCUGCUUCCCCUUGUUAUAAGUCUCUGCGUGUGUCGUCUCUUAAUGAUCCCCUCCGGCCACGUCACCCUUCUCUUUGCUGUUAAAAUUAUCCUGGUUGUUGCAUUCGUCUGGUCUACAUUAGCUUCUAUGGCAUUCCUAGCAGACAGUCAACCUGCUCACAGAAAAUCCCUUGCUAUGUACCCCAUCUGUCUCUUCUACUUUGUGAUUGGCUGGAUGAUUAUUUCUCAGACAGUACCUGUAUUAACACCAUGAUGAUGUAAGCCAGUGGAACCAUUGAUAUUUGAUUACACCUGGACAGGCAUCUCAUAUUGACACUCAGUUUGGUAAGGACAGCCAUCUUGGUAAGAUCACCAUAUCCCAGAUUAUCAGCAUUCCAACUUUAUACUAUCAACAAAGGAACCAUUGAUUUGUACAAAUAACUAGACAGUUGUUUUGUUAUGACACCCAUCUUGGUAUUGGCAGCCAUAUUGGUAAGACCAUUGUGUCUUUCUUCCCUACAUGAGAGUACUUGCUAUAUAAGAGGAAGAUAUUAUACCAAUUACUAGGCAACUAUAUUGGUAUUGAAACCCACCAUUUUUGGAUCAUCAUAUUUUGGAUGUUACCCAUGUUCAUACCUGACACAUUUUCACCAGCGGAAUCAUUGACUGUACCAAUAAUCUAAAAUGCAUCAGUGCUGACACCAUCUUUGUACAACCACUGAGUUGUACAAAGACCUAGACAGGCAUAUUGUGUUCAUUGUCUUGAAGUUCAUCUUGGUAUCAAUUGACGGCCAUGUUGGUCAGUCGAUUGUGUCUAGACAUAAACUUGGAGAAAUAAUGAUGUGUGCUCUGCUACAGAUGAAAUUAAAUCAGCCACAACUUAGAGAAACGUCUUAUAACGAUACUCAUCUUGGUAGGAUCAUAAUAUUAUCUGGAAUGUUACUUUGCUUUGUGUUUGCUUCACUUAAACACAGGUGUUUAAAUAUCACUGUCAAACAGUUAUCAUUUGUUGAGUGCCAGAAUGGCAUUACUAUAUAUAAAGUGCUAUUUAUUUUGGUUAAUGACCCUUUGACUCUAAGCAUAUGGUACAGGGUGUGGGAACUCUUAAAUAGUGAACAGUAGAUCAGAUGUUUAGAUUCUACAUAGUAUACUUGUUAUAAACAUAUAUUUCCUUUUAUACAACCAUGUACAUGUGUUCUACAAACCCCCUAAAGAGACAGGGAAAGACAGGCAUGGAAAGGGCAUAAUUCACAUGGAAAUAUCACUUUGAAUUAUUUGUUUUCUUUUCAUCCUCUUUUCAGCCUACCAUGUAGUGAAAGAUUAAAUGAGAAUUUCGUAACUAUUGAAUAAAGUUGUAUGACAUUAUGAGUCAAUAUCUUCCAUUUGUGUGUAUCUGUGGUUAAAAUAAAAAAACUGGUGUCUGUUGUAGUUGAAUGUUUAGAUAUUUUGGCAAUGUGUUUAGGUUGGCCGAAUAGUAGCCCCGGUAAAUUUUCUUCAAUAUCUAACCUAGAUGAUAAGUUACAUUUGAUGCAAGUCCAUUUAAAAAUCGUGUCGGUGUCCAUAAUUGUAAUUCAGUAAAAACAAGUAGUUCUACCAACAAAAAUUGUACUUAUGUAUGUUGUAUUAUGAAUGAUCAUGGGUUAUUGAAAUGAAAUUAGAGAUAUGAGUACUUGAAAAAACGAAUGGAUAUUUCAACUAAAUAUAGCCAAGUUAGCAGAAUAGAGCACAAAGCUAUUGUAUUCAUCUAGAAUUGUGUUUUUGUUCUGGUUGUACUGGGGAGAAAAAACACAUCAAAUUAACAAUGUUUCUUGAAAUUAUUUAUAUUUACAUUUUUUGUAAUUGUUGAGUAAUUUUGUAAUGUUUUUAUAUGAUUGUGAACAGUUAGGAGAAAGAGAUGAAUAUCACAUCAGAUAACUGUACAUAGUUUGAAAUAAUUAAAUAAUUAGUACUCCUAUUGGUGAAAUUGUUAUUGGGCAAGUCCACAGCGUUCUCAUACAUGUACAUUACAAACUACAUUUAUUAUAUUCCACAAAAUUACUUUAUGAUGGUUUAAAGCUGAAAACCUUAUAGGAAAUUGGAUCAGACUGAAUAUUCAAUCAAAUUAUAUUUUCAUAGUCUAAUACGUUGUUUAAAAAAAAAAUUAUUUCAACAAAACAUGAAAUAAAAGUGUACAAAAUGAUACAUGUACAAUCAAAUGAAGUGAAUAGAUAACAAAAGUAUGAAUACUUAUCUAGGAUAUCUCCUUAAACAAUGCUACUUGCAAAUGUAUGACAACGUAAGUUACCAAAUACCUUGGACUUGCCCAAUUAUAGAUAUAGAGAAGUGUGUCUCAUCGUACUGUAUGUUUCAAGUUGUGUUUUAAUUAUUCAUUCUUUUAACCAGAUAGCAUAAGUGAACUGUGUGUCAGUCAUUUUUUCUUGACAACCUUCUAGUAUACCAAUAAUUUCCUAGAUUGUUUUGCUAUUUUCCUCAUUAAAAGUGCCCAAUAUGCUUUCUAGUAGCUUUUACAACAUUUUGCAGAUUAUGGAAAACUGAUGACAUUUUAGAUGUUGUUUCUUACUUUCUUUUUUUCACUACCAACUUUUUAUUUUUCUCAUAUAUGCCAAAAAUUUAUGUUCCUUUUGCAGAAAGACGAUAUUUUUUUUAUUCAGUUUUUCAUUAAUUGUCAGUGCAAUAAAAAUUGAUUAAAGUUCCAUUCUCUUUUCUUUCACAGA